UGAUGCGAGGAAGUGACAAGAGAACAAGAGAGUAUCUCCUCAAGACUUCAUCUCAUCGCUUCUGUGCUUCUCCUCGCGGGAACGGGAUCGACACGCAUAGGAUGUGGGAAUGCCUCUACUUGCAUACCAUCCCCAUCGUUGAAGACUCCUUGUUUGCUCGUCAGUUUGCAGGAAUGAUCGUACACGAAACAGAAGGAGGCGAAACCUUCUGCUCCUACACUGUUGAGGUCCUGGGACCUUCGCUUCCUGUCCUCCUCGUCUCUGACUGGAGCUCGGUUCAACUCUGCGUGCUGGAACGAGCCUGGGAACUUGCUCUCUCCAUGGAAUGGGACUGGGAGGUGUUGACAAUGUCAAGGUGGAAGAAUUUUAUCAGAUCUCACACACGCGAGGGUCAGUGACAAGGGCAACAAGACAAGAAAGGCAAAAUAGAUUCAGAUUGCUUUCAGUGUAUCAUUACAUUAUUGUUGGACCAACUCGGUCAAG